AUGGGAGCUCCCGUUCUGACGGAAGAGCAACUUGCUAACCUAAAGCUUUAUAGAUAUUCAAGUAUUGACAGAUCCUUUUUGACCAGAUAUGUGCUUAGACACUAUUGGGAUCUUGCCAUUAAAGUAUUUCCUUUGAACAUGGCUCCUAAUCUCAUAACGUUGACAGGUUUAUUAUUCAUCAUUUUCAAUGUUAUAUUGACGUUUAUUUACACACCUACAUUGGAAGCUGAACAUGCUGGUCCUUCUUGGCUUUAUUUUUCCUUUGCUCUCGGCUUGUGGUUAUAUUCUACGUUUGAUAAUGUUGAUGGACGUCAAGCCAGAAGAACAGGUACAUCUAGUCCAUUGGGUGAACUAUUUGACCAUGGCUGUGAUGCUUUGAAUACUACUUUAGCGGCUAUCAUUCAAAUGUCCGCCCUCGGCUUAGGGCACUCGAUGCCUGCUGUUUGGAUUUUUGUUAUUGCCGUUACUGGUUUUUAUCUCUCUACGAUUGAAGAAUAUCAUACAGGCACUUUAUAUUUAGGUUAUGUCAACGUGCCCACAGAAGGCGUUUGCUUACUUUGUAUCAUGUUCAUUAUCUCCGGUAUCUUUGGACCUACGGUUUGGAAGACAGAACUAGGCUGUAUCAUUGGCAGCUUGCCAGACUAUUUACAGCAUAUGAAUUUGCAAGAAACAUACGUUUGGACUAUUGGUAUUUUAUUCUUUCUAACGCAUGUGCCAGUCUGCUUUUACAACAUGUAUACAGCGUGCCGCGCAAAAGGAAAGCCUUUCAUCCGUUGCAUGAUUUAUGAUAACUGGCAAAUUACCCUCUACACUGUUUCUUUCUAUUUCUGGGUUACAUCACCUUAUUCCUUCAUUCUUUCGCAUCAACACUAUGCUAUUUAUUUGCUUGCUGUAGGCGUUUGCUUUGGUCGUAUUUGUUCAAAGAUCAUUUUAGCGCACCUUACAAAAUCUGAAUCACCUCAUCCAACAGGUUUAUUAAUCCCUUUGGUUGCAGGUGCUGUUAUUGCAAAUUUACCUCGGUAUAUCGAUAUAGAUCCUAUAUUCAGCCCUCAAUCAGAGUACGCAUACUUGGUUUGUUACUUUGUCAUGUCGCUUGUAUUGUAUAUUCGCUGGGCAACUCGAGUUAUUGACAGUAUUUGCAGCUAUCUCCAUAUUCGUUGUUUGUUUAUUCCAAAUCAGCAUGCAAAGAGUCUUUAA